AUGCAUCCCAACCUCUCGUCAGCCACCGUGGGACUGAUCCUACUACUCUCGUCGGCAUUAGGUGCAGCGGGGACAAGCUGGAAGCUUGGCCUAGACAAUGCUCUUCGUCAGAGUCCCCUCAGGCCGGCGCUGCCGGAGGUGGUGAUAUCAAAAACAUGGGACAUUCUAGGACCAUUCAGGCUCGGUACAAGAGAGGCCAUCUGGGGAGCUGACCCCUUGGAGUAUGAUGGUGGAUUCCACAAUUUACAAUAUGACCCCAAUGGCACCUUUAACAGCGCUCUUGCUGCGAAUGGAUCUGUCCAUUGGGGCGCCACGCACGCAACUAUAUCAAGAUCUUCUCCUGGCCAGGUCCAGGCAGCCCUCAAUGUGAGCUUUCCAGCCGUCAAUUGGGCAUUCAUGCAAUCGGUAUACGGCUGGCCAGCACUACAGUAUCAAGCGUGGGCUCGUGGGGUCUUGGAAGUCAAGGGAUCUCAGCCACAGACUGUUGCCCUCUUCGGAGAUGGUCUGUUGGAAUUCUUGGUGGAUGGUGAGCCCUAUUUCGGCGGGGAUAUGUAUCAGUACCACCGGGCUCCCAGCUUGGUAAAACUAACACCUGGUCCUCACACAUUGGAGUUGCGACUUACUCGCGAUGUGCGGGCUCUCGGUGGACUCAACAAUGCCAUCGCAGUCAUGAUCCAUGCCGAGCUGCGAGAACCAGAGUCCAUCACGCUUUAUCAGGACAGCCUGCUGGUCCCGGAAUUGGUCAACGGAAGGCUUGGAAGCCGAUGGGCUUCGAUUAACGUGCUCAACAAUGAAGAAGACCUAGUGGAACUCAAAUCUGUCCGCGCAUUGAAGACUAUGCAUCGCGUGUCCAUGCAAAAUCCGCUGCAGAUUGCUGGGCACCAGAUCCGACCGCUGGGUUUUACAAUCUCUCUUGAGGCAGAUCAUGAACCUCAUUUCUCGGUAGAGGUAGUCUACCAGAUCGCUGGCGGGAGAUCGCGGUCCACAUACUUCGAAGUGAACCUGAAAGAACGCCCGUUGUCAGAGCCGCUCCGCAUCACCUAUCUACACCCGGCAGGUAUAAUUUCUUAUGCGAUUCUGCGGACUCCACCUCCCAAUGCUUGUAAUCACUCGUUACCUGCUCCGGUGAUUCUCGUCCUCCAUGGUGCAGGGCUUGAAGCAGAUUCUGCCGAGGCGCGAGGUAUGCUAGAUGCAGCGUAUGGGACGUGUGCUUGGAUGCUGUUUCCGAGCGGUGUGACGUCGUGGAGUGGGGAUGACUGGCACUAUUGGGGCGUUGCCGACACCCAAGCUGCAGUGUCAGCCAUUGCGGACUGGGCCAAGCAAAUUGGAUGGGACGGCCCUGCUGCCGCUUUGGAUGAGCUGAUUGUGGCUGGUCAUUCCAACGGCGGCCAGGGCGCAUGGUACUUUUCCACUCAUUUCCCAGACAACGUCUCUGCAGUAGCGCCUGUCUCUGGAUACACUUCGAUCGAAAACUAUGUUCCCUAUACGAUGUGGCAUGACUCCGAGCCCUCGCUUUCCUUGGUCCUCUCCAGGUCACGGUCAACCUAUAAAAACGAGUUGUUAGUGGGUAACCUGGCUGGUAUCCCUGUGGCACAACAACACGGGGCUGACGACGAUAAUGUACCUGCAUAUCAUGGCAGAUUGAUGCAUGAGCUCCUGGGUCAGGCUCAGUGGCCAUCCGAGUACAAAGAGCUACCUGGAAGAGGGCACUGGUUCGAAGGCGUGAUGACGACCAAAUACCUGAAAGAAUUCUACCAAUCUAGGGCCAAUCAGUCUAAAGUGGUCGAGACAUUCCCGAAGACAUUCACUAUCACGGUUCCUUCUUCCGGGACAUUGGGAUCUAAGGCUGGCAUCCAGGUCGACCAACUCCAAACACCCGACAUGAAUGGUAAGCUACGCGUUACUCGCUCCGCAGACAACAAGAUCUGGCACAUCACCACUCGCAACAUUCGCCGCUUUCACUUGUCAGAAACACUCUUUCGGGUUCAGUUGCCUGAAGCUAUGGUGCUUGACGACAUGAGCGGGACCUUCCCGAUGGAAUCCCCCCAGAAAACGCAAGGCUGGUUUGUAAGAGAUGCGGAUGGGAAGUGGGACACCUCUCGUGACGCAGGUUGGAAGACAAUUCAUCAAAGAUAUGGCCGUCAACUUGGUGCGCUCGAUGCCAUUCUCCGCACUCAAGGAACGUUCACUAUCCGGAAGUGUUCUCCCGGAGUAGACCCAGUCGCUCUCCAGAUCAGUCGCAAUUUUUUCCAAUACUUUGCAGCUAAUUCUCAGAUCAUCGACCAUUGCUCGAGCAACAGCUCACUUAAUCAACCAGGGAACGUUGUUACACUUUCUAUGGGUCACGAUUUGCCUGCUGCUUUAGGAGAUACAUACCCGAUUCGCAUUGAUCAAGGCCAUCUUGUCAUAUCCACAAGUCGUUCGUUAUCGACGCUGCCUGCCUUGAGACAAAAAUACAUAUAUGGGGAACCAGGCCUAGGGGCAGUCUUCCUUCGACCUUGCCCUGACGAAAAGCUGGAACUGGUGGUAUGGGGCACCGAUUUGGAUGGUCUGCGGCUAGCGGCUCGUUUGGUUCCGACUAUCACUGGGCCAGGGCAGCCUGAGUAUGUGGUCCUGGGAAAGCGCUCUCGUUGGGAAGGUGUGGCUGGUGUCUAUGCUGCUGGUCAUUUCGACUGGUCUUGGCAGAUAUCGCCAAGCUCAUAUCAAUCCGAUCCCAUGUGA